AGAAACGAUUGAAUUUAUAUAAUAAAAGAUUAAUUGUUGUCGCGAGAGCUCGUACGGCACCGAUAUUUAUUCGAAUUUUUAUCGGUAAAUUGGCCUUUUGAAAUAAACGAAAUUGAUUUAUCGAUCGAUUAGAUAACACUUGCUUCGAGUUUUCUAUUAUGUAAUCAUUCGUCGCCCAGGAAAUGUCCUUUUUGUAUUUAUAUAUACACUUCGAAGCGAUCAAUUUGAAGCGAUCGAAGAAAUUGUCGAUCUCGUUUAUGGCCGAUAUCUUCGAUAUCUUUCGAUAUCUUUCGAUUUUCGAUUAUUAUAUGUAAAUAAAACACUAUUACUACGUAAAAUAUAUCAGACGUGUGUGUGUGUGUGUGUGUGGCUUGACGUACAUAAGUUUGCUUGGUUGCAAGUAUAAAAACAUGUUCUAAUAAUUCUACGAAUAAAAAUAUUGAAUAUAACUGAAUUCAUUUAUUAAUUUCUUAAUGAUUUCUGAUAUUCAUAAUAUUAGAAUCAUUAUUAUCAUAAUGAUUCUACUAAUAUCAUGGAACUAUUCCUGAUGAAAUUAUCUCCUUUUUUUCCGGACAAUCAUAUAGAAAACUAAAUUUUAUGUAUAAUUAAUAUGUUUUAAUGUAUUUAUACGUAUGCGUAGAUAAGUUUUCAUUCAAACAAAAAUUCAUAAAUAUAUUAAAUAGAAUUUAAUAUAAAAGAAUGUUUGUUAAAUCUUGUUUGUUUCGCUUUAAUACACUGCGUGCGUAAUAGAAUAACUAAAUUCUCUUUCUAAUAUGAAAUUGAAAUGAAUCUAUUAUGAAAAUGAAAAUAAUUCUGUUCAAUUCAAGAGAUAUCCUUGCUGAAAAGUAUUACGACUCCAAAGAGAGCUGAUAUUAUUACUUGUUAUAAACACUAUACAUUUCUUUUCGUCCAUUUUUUAAUAUACUUCAUAACAUGUAUUGCAUAAUUAGAUAAGAUUAUAUGCCCAUAUAAUCUAAGAUAAACGAAAACUUCUCUUUGAAUGUGAUCGAGUAGGAAUUAAUAAUGAGAAGUUUUAUUGCGGGAAUAAAAGUUUUAACAUUUGAAGGAAACGUAAAUACCGGUAAUAAUUCUAAUGUAACAACAACAAAUAAUUGUCAAUUAAACAGAUGUACGAAUGAGUUGGUCUAUCUGCAGCAAGUUAUUAAUGAAAAAAUUAAUAAAAAAGAAAUAUUCUAUAGUUUCGAACUUUUUCCAAUGAAAGAACCCAGUGAUAUUUAUAAGAGAUUCUUUGCAGAGAUGGACAAAUAUUCUCCUGUAUUUUAUGCUUUAACUUGGCAUACUAAGAAUGUUAUAAAUUCUUAUUUAUCCUUGGAUAUAGUUGAACAAUUUCCUUCUCCAACGUUAUUACAUGUAGCAGUUUUAGAUUCAGUACUCGAAGACGGUGAUUUUCCAUAUGCCAUUGAUUUAGUCAAAUUUAUUAGAUCAUAUUUUGGUCAAGAAUUUAGUAUUUGUGUCGCGGGUUAUCCCGAUAUGCAUCCAUCAUCGCCAAACAAAGAUUUCGAUCUCUUUCAUCUAAAAGCAAAAGUUGACGCAGGUGCAGAUUUUAUUAUAACACAAAUAUUUUUUGAGUCUGAUACAUUUAUAAAUUUUGUUAAUGAUUGUAGAAAUAUCGGAAUAACGAUUCCAAUUAUUCCUGGUAUUUUCCCUAUACCGGAGUAUAAAUCUUUACAAAGAAUGACUGAUAUUUGUCGCUUAAAUAUACCAAAUAAAAUAUUCGAUCGUUUAGAGACAAUAAAGAAUGACGACGAAGCAGUAAAGAAUUUUGGAAUUGAAUUCGCAAUCAAUUUAAUUAAGGAUAUCAUUGAACGCCGGGCUUCGUAUGGUUUUCAUUUAUUUACGUUAAAUAAGAUAACAAUGAUUCAAAAUAUAUGUAAUCAAUUGAAUCUAAUUUACUAAUUACAUAAUAAAAAAGAAUACACAAUAACCAAAGUUAAAU